GAUAAAAAAUUAUCUAAGAUUCGAAUUUUAAAUAUUUUACAUAUAUAUUAUUAAAUGUACUUUAAAAUAAACAAAAUUAUUAUUUUUUAAUUUUAUUAUUAAAUAAUCAACUUUAUAUUAAUAUUAGUUAAAAAGAAUAAAAUAUAUAAUAUUAAUACAUUUCAUUUUAAAUUAAUUUAACUUUUAACAAAUUUAUCACUGCAUAUUGUGCAGGAAAACACGUAGUAAGCACUUAUAUUGAUUUUUCAUAAGGCGUGUUGACCAUUAAUUAACCAAUAUAAUUAUAUACAGAGAAUCUCAAGCUGGCCUUAAGCUUAAAAAGUCUUUAUGUCAUUGUUUAAUGUCAAUGUCUAAAUCGACACCAUUGACCUUUAUAGGUCAGUAGAAAAUCUAUUAGCAAGUUGAUGAUCAAUAACUUAUUGAAUACUGUACUUCGCAAUGAAGGCUGGCAGACUUGCGAAACCUUCAUCGCUAUAGUUUAUUAAAAAUAAAUAUUAUUUGCAUAUUUGAUAAUGCAUGUUUAAUCACACAAUACACGAACAUACCUACUAAUACAUGUUUCUAAAAAUGUUGAAAGUUCGUGAAGACAUGCUAGUUGACCCUUCCAUUCACUGAUUCACUCAUUGUCUAGCAAAAGUCAACUACUAUUAUUGAACCAUUGAAUUUUCUCUUUCUUUUUCUUUUUAUUUGUUGAAUCGACUAUUCCGAUUUUUUUGCUGUCAUUUGUUUUCCUUUUUCCCAUUUUUAUAUGGCAUGUCACUGCAAUUCCGCCUCGCCUGGUUGUUUCCAUUCGUAUAAUUUUUGUCUUUUGUAGGAGAGGUUAUGUGAUCAUAAGAGGCGUAAAUAUUUUUGUGAUAUUCUAAAGUAAUUCGUAUCGAUGACCGAGGACUUUUUCUAGUCUAGAUAAGACUAAUAUGUUUAUUUAUUUUCUUGUAAUCUAGUAUACGAUAACGUGGCAAAAUAUAAAACUACACACGAAAUCAUUAGUUUUUUUCCAUGAAAUGUUAUUAAGCGAUUGUUGAGUUUUCUUGGACAUUGUGAGAAAAUUAAAAUUAAAACUUUUUUUUUGCUUCUAAUUCCUAAAUGGGUUUGGUGUUUGAUUAUGGGAAGCUACUAAAUAUGUUAUCAAAUUUUAGUUAUCAAAGACAAGAUGACUAUAUCCAUAUGUUAACUUAUCAAUAUGUUAUAUCCUUUUGGUAAAGAAAGAAACCACAUAGAUACACGAUAGUUUACUUAGACCAAAACAAGAAACAAAAUAAGAUGCUAGCUAACUAAAAUGAAACACUAACAAACUCACGUAUCCAUAUGAAAUUUACCCUUUCAAAAGAAUAUGAAAUCCACCCUUAAUGUGUAAAGCUAAAUUGCUAUAUGGCCAUUCAUAUACAUGGGAGCACACGCAUGUAUUUAGAGAGAGAGAAUGUUCCAAUUGAAAAAAUAAUUAUAGUAGACUAGGUAUUGUAUUAUUAUCAUCAACGAGGCCAAGGAUUUAUAUUUUGGUUAGAUUAAUAGGGAUAUUUUAAAACAAAUGACUCGGAUGUGAAAGCAUAUAAAUCCGGAGAUAGAAAAGGUCGUCCUUAACUCAUGGUUGAAAUCAUUAUAAAAUGAACAAGUUGAAGUGUUGACGAUAUGAGUCUUCCUCGAAGAAAGUACACAUCGAUCUAUUCUGAAGGCUAUAUAUAUAGUAAGAGGUUGUGAAGAAAGAGGACAAACAAACAAACAAAAGAAGAAGAAGAAUUUUUUAUUUUUUUCAGACAAGAAGAAGAGGACGAAUUGAAGAUCUUCUUAUAUUUCUGAUUUCUAAAUGGAGGUUCUUAAGAAACUACCUACUUCAGAUUCUAUUGUAAAAGAUGAAGUUGCAGGAUCUGAUGGAGGCAUCCAAGAAAGUAGAAAGGUGAGUCAUGAACUUGAAUCUGCAAAUGUUGAGAUGCGUGAAAUGAAGGAGGAGAAUGAGAAACUUAAAGUAAUGCUAGAACAUAUUGAGAGUGAUUACAAGUCUCUUAGACUCAGAUAUUUGAACAAAGUUCAGCAAAAAUCUUCAGCCAAACCAGUUCCGGAUAACAAGAAUGAUCAUCUCAACGCAGAGUUUGUAAGUUCUUCUGAUCAAGAACGUGAAUUUGUUUCGCUUUCUCUGGGGAAAAGAAGCUCAAAUUCUCCAUCUAAUAGCAUUGCCAAUAAGGAAGAGAAGACAAAAUUAAUAUGCUUAGGAGCCAAGGAAGAAGAGGAAUUGACAAAUGCGGGUUUGACUUUAGGACCAGCCGUUGGAUUAGCAAAGGAAAAUCGUGCCAUUUCAAGCCUAGAAUAUAGCUCAUCAGAAGAAGCUCCAGCCAUGAAUAAAGUCACCGGGAAGAGAAGUUCUCCUAGUGGCGGUGCUGAUGAUAAUAGUCAGCAAAAUCUUGCCAAAAGAGCUAGAGUUUGUGUUAGAGCAAGAUGUGACACUCUCACGAUGAAUGAUGGCUGUCAAUGGAGAAAAUACGGACAAAAGGUUGCGAAAGGAAUUCCUUGUCCAAGAGCAUAUUACCGCUGCACGGUUGCACCUGGUUGUCCUGUUCGAAGACAGGUCCAAAGAUGCGUGGAUGACAUGUCAAUUCUAAUCACAACUUAUGAAGGAACACACAACCACCCUCUUCCACUCACAGCCACCGCCAUGGCUUCCACCACCGCAGCUGCCGCCUCCAUGCUCCUCUCUGGUUCCUCCACAUCAGGGUUAGACACCGAGAUGAUCAAGAACUUCAAACUUUAUGACAACAAUUCAAGACUCAUAAACAAACCAACCGUUCUCUCGCCAUUACACCCUACAGCCACUCUAGAUCUCACUAUUCCUAUGCCAAAACCAUCUUCAUCACCAUAUUCUUUGAACUUCAACACAUUUUCUUCACUCCAAAGGUUCCCUUCCACAAGCCUUAAUUUCUCUGCUUCUUCUUCUUCCUCCGAUUCAACUUCAACCAUCAACAUUCCCACGAUAUGGGGUAGUGGAUACGCUUCUUGCAGUCCUGUUACAGAUAAUAAGGUACACACCGGACGGCCAUCAUUUCUAAAUAUUGGAAAAAACCUACCGCAAAACCCUUCUUUGACCGAAACCCUAACGAAGGCUCUUACUUCUGACCCAAGUUUCCACUCAGUGAUAGCACAAGCCAUAUCAACUAUGGUCGGAUCAGGGAAUGGAGAUCAGCAAUCCGCUCGUACCUUAAAUAGCUUGUCGAUUACUAAACAACAGGCUGCUGCAGAUUCUAACAACAAAAAUAAAGGAUGUGAAGGGUAUUUCAGCAGCUUAUUGAUGUCAAAUAUGGCGAAUCCAGGAAUGUUAUCAACGUUAAACCUACCGUCGUCAGAACUUCCAUUCACUUUGUUCACGACUUCUUCUUCUUCGUCUAAGCCAAGUUUUUCGAACGAGGAAAAAAAGAGGUUGUAACUUUAUAGUAUUUUCAGUGUGUAAUGCAAACGUCUUAAGAGUUAAUUAUUUUCUGAUG